GUGAUAUCAGAUACCACAGUUCCAUAUACGAUGCUCAGCAGUGAAGAACAUCAAGCAAGAUUAAAACAAAUAACAAGAAGGAAAAGGUCCAAGGAGAUGUUGCUGCUGCAAACUGACAAAACGGAAAAACAACAGCAUGGUUCACAUAAAGAAGAAAGGAAGACUCCCAGAAGACGAAAACAUCUUAAUAUAAUUAAUGAGAAAGUGAAAAGGAUUGGGCCACAUUUAGACAUAUUUGAAGCUUUUAAUAAAGCCCGAAAAAAUCAUACACUGGAAAAAAUUGCUUCAGCUGCCACCUGUAUUCAGAAACUUUUCAAAGGAUGGUUUGAACGUAGUAAAUUUAACAGAAUAAAAAUGAAGGCUAAGAACCAUGGACCAAAUAUAUUAGCUGUUAUAAAGGAGUAUCGUAAAAUGAUGUUUCGAAUUAAACGCCGUUGUGGCAUCUUGGAUACAAGUACACCACUAAUAUUUGAACAACUGGAAGACUGGCUUGACAAUAAAAUGCUUUAUGAAACUAUAUUUGAAAAGAAAGAGUCCUGGAAAGAAAUGGAUAGAAAGGAGCUCCCUAGGUUUUUCAGAGACUGUGGCCGGUUUCCUACAGAAAAGGAAAUUAAUAUUGCAACAACUCUCCUAUUGCAUGAUUCUGGUUCAAAAAACAUAAGCCUUAAUAAGACUCAAGUAGUUGAAAUUGCAUUCAUGUUGUAUCCCCCUGUUGGUCUCAAGUUGAUAACAGCAACUGCUCCUCGGUCAACCUGGGUGAAACCAAUUGUUGAUGGAGAAGAUUCUUACAUGUAUCUAGGUAACCAUUUUUAA